CACAGUCACACAGAUGGAGAGACAUAUACAGACAGAGCAGCUCAGGCAGCAGCCCUGAACCCUGGAGUUACUACACAGUUACGCUGUUAUUCCCUACACACAGACAGGAAAGAGAAAAAGAGGGGGAUAGUGGUCAUCUACUGGAAAGGAGGGGCAGGGGAGAGUAGUUUUCUGUACUUUUCCCAGAAACACGUGGAUGGAACUCACAGGCUGACCUUAUGAUGUGGGUCGCUCUUUGACCGGACUGUGUGGACACGGGUAGCAAAACAGUGAUGACUCAGAGAGCGGGGGGAUUAAAUUGAACGAAAUACCAACAUUUCUCAAAGGAGCCCAUGUCUCCAGUUGGGUCAAUAUGUUGGAACUCAUGCACUCCCAAAUCAUUUGGAAUAAUUGUGAAAGUAGAAGCCUCUCAAAGGCAACUACCUAUUGGACUUGACAACAAGACCGGGUGAGGGCAGGAAGGUUCGCAGAAUGUUUAUGAAUUUCAGAAGGAUCAGAAGAUGUCAAUGUGUGCAGCUGGUGAUGACAGGCUUUGUCCUGUCUGUGUUGAUGGUGUGCUGGGUGCAGCUGGACCACCAUGUGGAGAACCGUUACUUGGUCAACAGCUAUGACUUCAUCAACAAGAGCUUUGGCAUCAGCCAGCAGGAGUCGGAAAGCCUGAGCAACUUCCUGUACCUCAUCAACCACCAUGACAAGUGUAACAGCAAUGAAGUGCUGCUGCUGCUGUUUGUCAAAUCUUCCCCAGAGAACCUGGAGAGGAGGCAGGCCAUCCGGGCCACCUGGGGGAAUGAGAACUACAUCCAAAGGGAGCUGGGGGCCAACGUGAGGGUGCUGUUUGCCCUGGGGGUCUACUCAAACCCCCAGCAGAGGGGCAGUGUGCAGAGAGGGCUGCUGAGGGAGGACCAGGUCUAUGGGGACCUGGUCCAGCAGGACUUUGUGGACACCUUUCACAACCUCACCAUCAAACUGCUGCUGCAGUUCCGCUGGAGACACACCUACUGCAGCAAAGCUCGCUUCCUCAUGUCAGCCGACGACGACAUCUUUGUCCACAUGCCCAACCUGGUGCACUACCUGCAGGGCCUGAUCCAGCAGGGGGCCCGGGACCUCUGGGUGGGCCACGUGCACAGGGGAGCCCCCCCUAUCCGCCAGAAGGACAGCAAGUACCACGUGCCUUAUGAGAUGUACCAGUGGCCCUCCUACCCAGACUACACCGCGGGGGCAGGGUACGUAGUCUCAAGGGACGUGGCUGCCAAAAUCUACCAGGCAACUCUGUUCCUCAAUGCCUCGCUGUACAUUGACGAUGUGUUCAUGGGCAUCUGUGCCAACGCCAUGGGGGUGUCUCCCCAGGAACAUGUUUACUUUUCAGGGGAAGGGAAGGCCCCCUAUCACCCCUGCAUCUAUGAUAAGAUGAUCACCUCUCACGGACAUGUGGCAGAUGUCCGGCGCCUGUGGAAGGCAGCUAUGGACCCACAGAUUCAUGACAUUUCCUCUGGCCAGGUGGGAAAGCUGUACUGCACAGCAGUGAAAAUCAUGCUCCUCUGUAAACCUUACUAUUUAAAUACCUACCCAUGCAAGGCAGCCUUUUCAUAGUGUACUGUUAGGUUGCACAGAAUGUCACUGCAGUCUUUUUCAUUUAUAUUUCAGGGUCUGCAGCUGGUAUCAUCUUCAAAAUAAAGACCAAAGCCAUGUUCUUGACCAUAUAUUCACCACACCUGCCUUGGCUUGAUGGAUACUGCAGUUGUACUUUGUGGUUCAGCUAAUUGUGUGAUGUAAACAGACGUUACAGAGCUAAUGUUCUUGGCUGCAGUCAAUAAGUCAAAAGUGAAAAAUCCUUCAAAUUAAAUUUCGCUAGCAGACA